UUUCAUUUGUUUUUUUUUUUGGAUAUUUGGGCGUGGAUAGGUGCCGAGAUGCUGCUUGUAGUAGCUACAAUUGUGCUGGAUAUGGCUUUAAAUUGUUGAAAGAGGAGGCAUCAUUCGAGAAUGAUGAUAGAGAAAUUCAAGGUGAUGAUUUGUCGAGUUCUAAGAAUUCUCAGGGUAAGUUAGGGUUGCAAAAGGGUUUGUUUCAGGAUUCCUUGAAACCUAGGGCUAAGAAAAUGGAAGGGGAACAGAAGAACUAUGGGGCUAAGGUCAGAUCCAAGCCUAUUGAGAUUGGUCUUGAUUCUGAUGAUGAUGAGCCAAUUAGGUCUCUAUUCAAGUUGAAGAGACCUAGAAAUCCUAAAAAGGUUAAGGUGGUUUUGGACAAGAUUGAAGCCAGGGAAGAAAAGAAGGACAAUGAUUUUGGGGGCAUGGAUGACACACUAGCCAGUUUUAGGAAGAGGUUGAAGGGUCCUAAGAAAGAUAUUGGAUCUGUUAUUAUAAGGCCGUUGGAGGAUAAGGUGGAUAAUGGUUACAGUGAAGGCGGUGAUGUACUGGACUUAGCUACAAAAAAAGUAGUAGUAGAAGGCAAACGCAAGGAAAAGGUUAAAAAAACAAAUAUUGGCUCUAAGAGAGAGACGAAUAGGGGUGAUGCGACAGUUUUUGAUACUUUGAGAUCUCAGGUAGAAGUUCUAAAGGAGGAAGAUUCAUUUCCUAGUGGGGGCUCAAGUGGUUCUUCGGAUCAAGAGGAAGACUCAUUAUCGCAUAUUUUUCAUAAGGCACAAUCUGGUCCAAUACGGAAGUCUCUUAUAAAUCCAUUUUCAAAACAGAAUAGUAGGGUUCAUAAUUUAGAGGAUGGGUUGAGCCCUACCUCUGAAUGUAUUUCAGAGCUUUCCAAGUCCGUGAUUGCAUGUAUACCCGGAACUGCUUCUGCCUCAAAUGUAGUCUCAACAGAUCUGAAAGCUGAAGAUGGUUGUACUAUAGUUAGUGGUUUGAGACCAUCAGAUUUUGUCUCUGAACACAGUAAGACAGUGAAACACCAAAGGUUAGAUAAUGGUUUUUCUCAAUCUUAUUUUAUGGAAGGUAAUUCUGGUGAAAAUAUGAAAUCCAGUUGCCAAAGACAUGCUAGAUCAGUGGAAUUUAUUUCCUCACCUUCAGCAUUUCAUUGUAGUGGGAUUCAAGAUGAAAGGAUUGUAGACCCUGGUGUCUCAAAUGUUAAAGAAGAACCUGUGAUGAAUCCUUGUGCUCCAAAUAGAGUUUGUGAUGAAAAUUGUUCCUUUUCUGGCCAAGUGGAUAACUUGGAUGAUCAGUCUAUGAAAAAUGGUUUAAAGCUUUGUUCUAUCAGAAAGGUAAACACUUUGAUCCACGAUGUCGCGAAAGUGCCUACUUCUGCGUCCGUGCAGUUUGAAGACAUUGAUGGGUUCAGCGAGCAAAAGUCCAACAAAGAUUUAAGGGAUGCAUGGGACCAUCAACACUAUUCAAGGAUGGGUGAAGCUGCUAAAACUGACACCACACUUGAGUUUGAUCAAUGCCCAGAAGCUUCCCUGCAUGUUCAGUCCCACUUGGCUGACUCUACUUUUGCUUCACCAAAGAUUGAAGAAACUUGUAGUGAUUGUGAUUUUCCAAAUGAUUAUGGUGAGAAGUCAUAUAUUGCUUCAGUUUCUCCCAAAAGGAAAACUGCUGCAACAUCUGAUGGCAAGUUACCUUUGAAAACUGCAACAUCUGUUCAAGAAGAUAAAGAUGCAUGUAGCUACCACAUGAACCACCAAGGGAAUUUAGAAACUUCUGUUCAUCCAAACAAGUCCUCCAUCUCCAUUCAGAAGUGCAGCCCUGUUAUGCAUCAAAGUAUACAUUCAGAGGAUGCAACAAAAUUGAACUGUGUUCCAAGUCAUGAUUAUCUUUCCAUCAACGAGGAGACUCAUGGAGCUUCUCCCCUGUCUAUAACUCCAGAGGAAAAUGAAAGUUACCCAGAUGAUGUAGUAUCCAUUCCUGACUCUGAAAUCAAAGAUGGGAAGUUAUCAUCUGUUCAGCGUGGUGCACGGAAGGCCAAAAAGCGUAGACAUGGGGACAUGGCUUAUGAAGGGGAUCCUGAUUGGGAAAUCUUGAUAAAUGAUCAACGUUAUCAGGAAAACAACCAGGUUAUGGACACUGAUAGGUGUUUUAGAAUGAGAGAGAAAUCUGAUUCUUCUUCAAUUAGUUUUACAGAGGCUGACAAUGGUGGGGCAGCAGCAGUUUCAGUUGGAUUGAAAGCUCAUGCUGCUGGUCCAGUUGAGAAGAUAAAAUUUAAGGAGGUCUUAAAGCGCAAAGGUGGGCUUCAAGCAUAUUUAGAAUGCAGGAACCAUAUCUUGGGUCUGUGGAGUAAAGAUGUUACGCGUAUUUUGCCUCUGGCUGAUUGUGGUGUCACAGAUACUCCUUCUGAGGAGGAAUCUUCACGUGCUUCUCUAAUUAGGGAUGUCUAUGCAUUUCUCGAUCAGAGUGGUUAUAUAAAUAUUGGAAUUGCUUCUAAUAAGGAGAAAGCAGAACCUUGUGUGAGGCAUAAUUAUAAACUUGUUGAAGAAAAAACCUUUGAGGUAAAGCCUGGGGCUUCAGUUGCUGACUUGGAAGAUGGAGUCUCAUACAUCCUUGGUCAAUUUAAAAGUUCUGAAACUCCAUUGGAGGCAAAUAAUACAGCUACAGUUGAUAAUGAGAACCCAGCAUCAAAAGCUACAAAAAGCUGGGAGCUUGUUACUCCAGUGAAAGUGGAAGUAACUAGUGUAACAGAACGCUGGGAAUGCCCAGCUGAUGAUAUUCAACAAGAUGCCACUCUCAAAGCAAAAUUACCCAAUGGAUUUGUCAAUGUGGAAGAUGCGAGUGAUUAUCCAUUUUGUGCAACGCUGGAUAGCAGGACAGGCGUCAUUAGCCCGGAUUUAAGGAAUGAUGUGCAGAGUGUUCAAUCUUCCUCCGGCGAUGAUACUAGAGGAAGUCACAGUAUUCAGUGUGAUUCUGAAUACAGAAAGAAAAUCAUUGUGGUAGGAGCUGGUCCUGCUGGCUUAACCGCCGCUCGCCACUUGGAUCGUCAGGGUUUUUCUGUGACUCUGAUUGAGGCUAGGAAUAGGAUAGGGGGCCGUGUAUAUACAGAUCGCUCAUCUCUUUCAGUUCCUGUUGAUCUUGGGGCUAGCAUUAUUACUGGUGUUGAGGCUGAUGUGGCAACUGAAAGAAGACCAGAUCCUUCCUCUCUGAUUUGUGCUCAGUUAGGCCUUGAGUUGACAGUUCUGAAUAGUGACUGCCCACUUUAUGAUAUCGUGACCAGAGAAAAAGUUCCUACAGAUCUGGAUGAAGAAUUGGAAGCAGAGUACAACAGCCUUCUUGAUGACAUGGUAUUACUUGUGGCACAGAAGGGGGAGCAUGCAAUGAAAAUGUCUCUCGAGGAUGGUUUAGAAUAUGCCCUCAAGAGUCGACGUAUGGCACGACCAGGAACAGAUAUUGAUGAAACUGAAUUGCAAAAUGCCAUGGACAAUUUUUCUGUUUCAAAAACUUGUAGUUCUGAUGGUGGAGUUCCUGAAAAAAAUUGUUCAAAAGAGGAAAUUUUGAGUCCACUUGAGAGGAGGGUCAUGAAUUGGCAUUUUGCCCAUUUGGAGUAUGGUUGUGCUGCUUUAUUGAAGGAAGUAUCUCUUCCCUACUGGAAUCAAGAUGAUGUUUAUGGAGGUUUUGGAGGAGCUCAUUGUAUGAUUAAAGGGGGUUACAGUAAUGUUGCAGAGUCUCUUUGUGAAGGUCUAUGUAUUCACUUGAAUCAUGUAGUCACGGAUAUUUCAUACAACACCAAGGAAACUGGAUUGAGUGAAAAUAAUCUGCAUCACAAAGUUAAGGUUUCCACAUCGAAUGGUGGUGAAUUUUUUGGAGAUGCUGUUUUGAUCACUGUGCCACUUGGGUGUUUGAAAGCAGAAACCAUAAAAUUUAACCCUCAAUUGCCCCAAUGGAAAUAUUCUUCUAUUCAGCGACUUGGUUUUGGAGUUCUUAAUAAAGUAGUGUUGGAAUUCCCGGAGGUGUUUUGGGAUGAUUCUGUGGAUUACUUUGGAGCUACUGCUGAGGAAACUGAUCGGAGAGGCCAUUGUUUUAUGUUUUGGAAUGUGAAGAAAACUGUUGGGGCUCCUGUUCUUAUAGCAUUAGUGGUUGGUAAAGCAGCUAUAGAUGGUCAAAGUAUGAGCUCAUCAGAUCAUGUGAGCCAUGCAUUAAUGGUUCUUCGUAAGCUUUUUGGGGAGGCUGUAGUACCUGAUCCAGUUGCAUCAGUAGUGACUGAUUGGGGUAGGGAUCCAUUCAGCUAUGGUGCGUACUCCUAUGUUGCCAUUGGAUCAUCUGGGGAAGACUAUGAUAUAUUGGGCAGGCCUAUUGAGAACUGUUUGUUUUUUGCUGGUGAAGCUACCUGCAAGGAGCAUCCUGACACUGUUGGUGGUGCUAUGAUGAGUGGGCUCCGAGAGGCAGUCCGCAUAAUUGACAUUCUAAAUACUGGAAAUGAUUACACAGCAGAAGUGGAAGCAAUGGAAGCUUUACAGAGACACUCAGAAUGUGAAAGGGAUGAAGUUAGGGACAUAACGAAGAGACUUGAGGCGGUUGAGCUUUCCAAUGUCCUCUACAGGAAUUCUUUGGACGGAGCCCAAAUUUUAACUAGGGAAGCAUUACUACGAGAUAUGUUCUUCAGUGCAAAAACUACCGCAGGACGAUUGCAUCUGGCAAAGAAAUUGUUGAAUCUUCCUGUUGAGACCUUGAAGUCCUUUGCCGGGACCAGAAAAGGGCUUACCACGCUUAAUUCAUGGAUUUUGGAUUCAAUGGGGAAGGAUGGAACUCAACUUUUGCGUCACUGCGUUCGUCUUCUUGUACUUGUUUCAACUGAUCUACUUGCAGUGCGUUUGUCAGGCAUAGGGAAAACUGUGAAAGAAAAAGUUUGUGUGCAUACUAGCCGUGAUAUACGUGCCAUAGCAAGUCAGUUGGUUAGCGUAUGGCUUGAAGUCUUCCGCAGAGAAAAAGCUUCAAAUGGUGGGCUGAAGCCAUUGAGGCAAGCAACUGCUUUGGAUUCUUCAAAGAGAAAAUCUGUUCACAAUCCAGCCUCAGGGAAGCCACCGCUGCGCACUCAUUCUGGUGGUGGUGGUUUGGAGACUAGGGCUUGCUUAGAAGUUCCUCAAUCCAGUGGAAGCCAUGUACAUUCUAAUGCAAAUGUGAAGAAAGGGAAUGGAAAGCUGGUCAAGGUGGAAACCUUAAAGGACUCAACAUCCCAUGCUUCCCUAGGCAGUCAGGAUGCUGAGGUAGAGGAGGAAAGCACCUAUGCAAUGUCCGAAGAAGAAUUGGCUGCCUUAGCUGCAGCCGAGGCGGCCCAUGCUGCUGCUCGUGCAGCUGCUGAGGCAUAUGCAUCAGCAGAAGCCAAGAGCAACACAGCGUUGCAGCUUCCAAAGAUACCUUCAUUUCACAAAUUUGCAAGACGGGAACAGUAUGCACAAAUGGAGGACUAUGAUAUUAGAAAAAACUGGUCUGGUGGUAUCCUGGGAAAACAAGAUUGUGCAUCAGAGAUAGACUCAAGGAACUGUAGGGUCCGGGACUGGUCUGUUGAUUUCUCUGCUACUUGUGUUAAUCUUAAUAGUUCAAGGAUAUCAGUGGAUAACUUAUCUCAGCAGAGCCAUUCAAAUGAGAUUGCAUGCCAUAUGAAUUUCAGAGAACAGUCUGGAGAAACAGCAGCUGUGGACAGCAGUCUUUUUACUAGAGCAUGGGUUGAUACUGCCGGUAAUGAGGGGAUAAAGGACUAUCAUGCCAUUGAGAGAUGGCAAUCUCAAGCAGCUGCUGCUGAAUCAAAUUUUUUCCACCCAGCUACGCAUAUAAAGGAUGAAGAGGAUUCAAACACAUGUUCAAGACCACCAACCUGGAAGAAUGAUGGGCGAUUGAAUGAGAGCUCAAUCUCACAGGUUCCAUUAAACAAGGAACCACAAAAAAAUCAUCUCCGAGGUGCUGAUCGUAUUAAACAGGCUGUUGUGGAUUUUGUUGCAUCACUGUUGAUGCCUGUUUAUAAGGCACGAAAAAUUGACAGAGAAGGAUACAAAUCAAUAAUGAAGAAAACUGCAACUAAGGUCAUGGAGCAGGCUACUGAUACUGAAAAAACAAUGGCUGUUUCUGAGUUUCUUGAUUUCAAACGCAAGAACAAGAUUCGUGCCUUUGUGGACAAAUUGAUUGAGAGGCACAUGGCAAUGAAGCCAGCUGUGAAACCUUCAUAGUCCUCAAGAUUGGCUAUUUUGUGUUUUUGGGUGCACCUGGAAAAUAAUUACAGAAGUGUGUUAUUUUGCUCGCGCAAAAACCCACAGCAUAAGAUGGUGGAGGCGUUCCUAGAUUGUGUUCCUCCAUGUAAAUAUUUAAUUCAAACUGCCAAUAUGCUGUUAAUGAUCAAGAAUGUGCCGAGGAAGGAAAAAAGAUGAUUUCUUUAGCCUGUUGGAUUAUGGAGGAGCUCUAGUGAAGUUCAAUUGACGUUUGGCAUACUGAAGCAAAUAUUUUGCGUCCUUGACAAUAUGAUGGCCAAAGGAGAACCAAUAAAAGUGUUGUAGCUCCACUUAUCCAUAUCACAAGCACUAUUGUGUUUUGAAUCAGAUUAGCAAUCGGUUCAUCAUCCGAUGGCAUUGUACUUGGAAGGGUGGAUAGUUAAUACCAUUUUUCUUUUCAGGAAUCCCCAUAGACAUGACACUGAUUGUUUCUGACCUUUUCUUGGGUUUUCUUUUUAUGUGUACAGCCUAGGAUUGUUUCUUGGUGACAAGAUACAGACCAUUUUUCUCUUCCCCUCAAAAGUACUAAAUUUACUGUCAUAAUUUUUCAAGUGAACAUCAAUUACUGACCACCUUUUCUGUUCUUCAAAGUUCUUUCUGUUCUUCAAAGUUCAAUACAAGGAACCUUUAUGGUAUUUAUGGCAGCCUUUGUUAGGGCUGUGGUGUCCAUUUGCUCUC